UUCCGCCGUCGUGCUGUGUACGUCGUGUUUUCGCGUCGAGAAUUUUCCAUCGUGCGCAGUCCGAGUGCAUCGGGAGUGCCGAAUGUAAUAGGUAUCGGGCGAUACCGUUUAAUGCAUUGUUUCGCCACGCGUGAGCACACGCACGACAAAUUCCUCAAUCGCGACAAGUGCGAAAGUCUCUCACAGUCGCCGCCGCCGCCGCCGCCACUACCACCGCCGGUAUCGUCGACCGCCAUUUUCGUAGACACUCGUUCAUGCGAGUAGCCCGAAACGCGUGAUCGUACAUUAGCGAUCGUAUAUUACCGUAUUACUAAUUGAUGACACGAUCAUUAUAACCGUCUUUGAGAAUGCGGCACGGUGCUGGCACGUACGUUGAUUUCUCGCGACGCGUCGCGCCGCGUCGCGUCGCGUCGCGUCGUGUCGUCGAUUUGAACAGUCGCCAUUACAUUUCCCGCGUUUCUUCCCGGAAAGCAAAUCGCGCGAAAUGGCAGUACUGAUGAUCGCGAAUGUCGCGUGAGAGAAGUUAUCUUCCGCAAGAUCGUCGGCAAGAAGUCGGAGGAUUUCUCACUAGCUGCGGUGGCCCGACCAGAACAACGUGAUCACAUCGUAGAUUCUGAUAGGACAGCCGCCGAUUUGCAUCGUGGAUCUUUUUUGAUGGGACUACCGGAGGCUUCGCAACGGCGCAAAACUAUCUCAUGAGAUUCGGCUAUUUACCGGAGACCGACAUUAAAACGGGCAACCUGCGAACUGAGGACCAACUCAGGGAUGCCAUACAAAAUCUACAGAAAUUCGGCGGCAUCCCCGUGACGGGCGAGAUCGACGAGGCGACGCUAAAGCUGAUAAAGGCAAGGAGAUGCGGACUACCGGAUCAACCGGAUCCUCGACUCAGCAGGACGAGGCACAAGCGCUUCACCAUCCACGGGCAGCAGUGGUCGCAUCGGAAUCUCACCUGGAGCCUGAGAACCGAGCAGCCCAGCGGCCUGGACACAGGCGGGGUCCGGCUGGAGCUGAGCAAGGCCCUCAACCUCUGGGCCAGGAACUCCAGGCUGACUUUCCGCGAGGUCAACAGUGAUCGCGCCGACAUCUUGAUCUACUUUCAUCGGGGUUAUCACGGAGAUGGAUAUCCGUUCGAUGGCAGAGGUCAGAUUCUGGCGCACGCGUUCUUCCCGGGCAAGGAUCGCGGCGGGGACGCUCACUUCGACGAGGAGGAGAUAUGGUUGUUGCAGGACGACACUAACGAGGAAGGCACCAGCUUGUUCGCGGUGGCUGCUCAUGAAUUCGGCCAUUCCCUGGGACUAGCGCACAGCUCGGUCCAGGGAGCUCUCAUGUAUCCCUGGUACCAAGGAUUGAGCCCCAACUACAAGCUACCGGAGGACGACCGGCACGGGAUUCAGCAGAUGUACGGUGCUCCCGAGGGUAAACUCUGGGGCAAUAUACCAGGUGGCCCGCCGCCUCCGGAGCGACCACCGCCACCACCGAUGACGACGACGACAAGAACGGUCGUGUCCGUCCCGACGACGUACAGACCUUGGAGGACCAGACCCACGAGGCCUAAUCAUUAUCCAGACGAUGACAGACCUCGACAGACGCCGGGUCGUUAUCCGCAAAAACCGGACUAUCGGCCGCGCAAACCUCAUCGGCACCACACGACGAUGACGACGACGACGACGACGACAACGACGACGACUACGACGACGACGACAAUGAGGCCGAGGUUCAGGCAGCGGUGGACUCCGCAGCAACGGGACGAUGUACCCGACAAAUGUGACACCAGCUACGACGCUAUCAGCAUCAUCCGCAGGGAGAUCUUUAUCUUCAAGGGACGGUAUCUAUGGAGAAUAGGCGAGCAAGGUAUCUACGAGGGAUACCCGGCGGAGAUUACCAGAUUAUUCAACCUGCCGUUAGACAUUGACUACGUGGACGCUGUCUACGAGCGACUGGACAAGAAGAUAGUCUUCUUCAUCGGUCGCGAGUAUUACGUCUUCAACGCCAAUAUCCUGGAGGCGGGUUAUCCAAAGCCGUUAACGUAUCUGGGACUACCGGCCUCCUUGGAGAAGAUCGAUGGCGCCAUGGUGUGGGGUUACAACAACAGGACUUACUUCUUCAGUGGCUCCAAGUACUGGAGGUUCGAUGAAUCUAUCAAUUACAUAGAGCUGGAUUAUCCCAGGGAUAUAAACAUGUUUGCUGGCAUUGGGAGCAACAUUGAUGCCGUUUUUCAGUGGAAGGAUCAUAAGACAUACUUCUUCAAAGGCAAAGGUUUCUGGGAGUUUGAUGACCUCAGAAUGAAAGUAGCCCACGAGAAGCAAAAGCUUUCAGGGCCAGUUUGGAUGGGUUGUCCGCCGGAAGUAGAGACCAACGACGUCGAGACAAAUCUGCCCAGAAAGUCGAGGAUUAUGACAACCUCCUCCGCGAGUGCAACCGCAUCGAUACUCGCAAUAGUCGCUAUGAGUUUCUUUAAUUCUUUAUUGUUGCUGUAACGCGUGUGUCCUUUCGCGCGCGCGCGCGCGCGAAUACGAACAUCAAACAAGCCAAUCGGAUUUUUGUGUCGGAGAACCGUCGACGAGUCGACGAAACGGACACUUCCCGGGCAUAGGAAGGCACGCGACUUCUUCCGCUGAUCCGGAUUGAGCAAGAUUUCGAGGGAGAUCGCUUCGUGUAACGAUACGACGCACAAAGUCGUAUCCUCGAAAUAGUCAACUUGUCGCUAAUUCUUCACACGAAGAAAUCAUCACGAUUACACGGUUCGAAUAGAACCCUAUGGAUGAUAUCGACCUAAGACACUCGCGGUGCACCUCUGAGGAGAGAAGAUUUUUUCAUAUGUAAUGAAAGACGUUAACAUAAUUUCAAAAUUUACGAUAUAAAAUAGAAACUAGACCGGAAGGAAUCGGGAAACGAUACGGCAACUAAAAUCGUAGCUAACUUGAAUGAACUUAAAAUAAAAUAUGCUCUGCUGUUCCAUAAAUUAAACUAUAUCGAUAUGUAUGUGAGUGUGCGCCGGAACUUUUGCAGAUUUCUCAUGAUAAGCUUAAAAUUAUGUACGCGUAUUUAAAAUUCGCGAGAAUUCUGCAAUAACUCAGCAAAAAAUUGAACUUUUUCUCCGAGUGUGAUCUGGGUCUGAAUCAUCCCUGGCAUUUUUGCCGUGGAAAUAUGACGCGCUGCUGCGUGUUGAGCAUAUGUCGAGGCAUAUUUUUGUACACUAUCUUUUUAGACGGCUGCAUUUAUAUACGGUACGAGAAGUAAUUAACUUAAGACAUAAUUUAUAUACUCCGAAGUGAACGAAUCCUUGCAAUGCUAAUAAUUAACGAACCAAUCACUGCCGAAAGAAUCCAUCCAACAUUUUCGAUGUUCUUUUUACACUUUAGUUCAAUUUUACGAUUGAGAUAGAGAUCCCCGCUAUUAUAUCCCUUCCAAGGACCAAUGCCGCACAAUCGAUUAAUCGAUCGCUCCGUUAAUCGUCCUGCCGUAUAAUAUUACGGGAUUACUCAAAGGUAAACGAUGUUCUAAACGAUGCAUUUUCUAAAUGAUGAUGAGAUAAUUGAGAUUCACGAUAAAGAGCAUGUAUUUUACUAUAAAUAUUGUAUUAAUUAAUAUCGCAUUAAUUUAGCAGAAAAGGGCACGGGCAAUGUGUCGCCAGUUUUAUAAACUGUGAUAUUUAUAUACCGCGCGCGGUCGAGCGUAGUUAGCGUAAUGUCAAGGAGUGUAGCGCAAAAAAGGUAAAAUAUGAAAAUACUGCAAUAUUGCGGUAAAUUCGAUCUUACAAAUUUAUAUACGGCGUUGUGUUUUCAAAAUGCAUGGACCAACUGCGCAAGCAUCACUUUCCUUGGAGAAUUGGAAUUUUCCUUCUUUAAAAAUGAAAAGAAAAAAAAAAAUGCGGCAACGAUCAUCACUAAUUACUAAGUUUUUUCUUACAAGAAGGAUCUCGUAUUAUCCAGAUUUGGCGCUUGCAAGGUUUAUCCAAGCAUUUUCAUAUAUACAUCCCGUAUGUGUGUAUGUGUGUGUGUGCGCGCGCGCGUGCGCGUGUGCGUGCAUGUGUAUGUGUGUUAUAUGUAUAAUUAUAUAAUGAUUAUAUCAAAGUCGCGCGUGUCGCUAAAUGAGUCGCAUCUGUUAAAAUAAACAAAGACAUGCAAAUUUAUAUAUAAAUAAUAUUUCUGUUAUCAAUUAACAAUUCUUUUUCUUUAUUCUGGUUGGAUCUUUGUUACGGGGAAAGUACAUAUAGGCGAUAUUUCUCUCGCGCGGUCCAAUCGAGAAGAUCGCCGCGAGAGAUACAGAGUUCACCUCGAACCUGCUCGUCCUUCAUUUAUUCCAAACUUGAGGGAAAUUUAGUUUAACGUGCCGAUCGUAUACUAUACAUAUUAUAUAAUAUAUCGUAAGAUCGUGCUUUUUAUAUAUGUAUAUACGGAAAUAAAAUGAUUUUACUGAA